AAUAUGAAUUAUGGGCACAGCCUGCACUGUUAAUGCUAUAGGACAAAGAGACUUUACACCAAGGACAUCCUCAUCUCACGGCAGCAUGGCAGAGCAGGCUGGGGCCAGUGGAGGGGUGAGUUUUUCCUCCAGUUGGGGUAAGGACUUGUCAGACAGUGCCAGACAGAGGUACCUAGAGAGCAUGAUGAAGGGGAUCAUGGAGAUGGGGAUGGAGGGACAGAACUCGGACAUUGAGAUCAUUGUGGAGGGCCAGAGCUUUCCUUGUCACAAACUCCUCCUGUCUGCAGGUUCUCCAUAUUUCAAGUCCAUGUUCAGCUCAGGCAUGAUGGAACAACAUGGAAGUCGCCUUGAGCUUCCAGACAUUGAGAAAGAAAUAUUUGCUGCAUUCAGAGAGUACAUAUACACAGGAAUAGAAAAUAUAACCCAAGAUAAUGUUGUACAAUUACUGAGGGCAGCUGCCAUAUUUCAGGUUGAGGAACUGCAAAAGAGCUGUGAGCAAUUCCUAGGGACUGGAAUGGAUAAUGAAAAUUGCUUGGAACUGUUUAAAAUUUCCAGAGCAUUUGGAUGCAAUACUCUCUUUGAGAAAUGCAAGCCAUAUGUCUUGGAAGGAUUCAAUGGCCUCUGGAAAACUCAAGAAUUUGUGGACCUAGAAUUUGAUGAAUUCCAGAGCAUUGUUAAGGAUGAUGACUUAGUUCCCGUAAGUGAAGAAGAAAUAUGUGAAGCAGUUUUACGCUGGGUACGAGGAGAUGAAGCAAACAGAAAACAAUACAUUGGAAAACUUUUCAAACACAUCAGAAUGAUACAGAUUAGUCCAGAGUAUCUCAUCAAUGAACUAUAUACUGAUGAUCUCUUAACUGAAGAUGCAAACUGUAAAAGAUAUUUGGAUGAAGCCAGAAAUUUCCAUAUGCUUCCCGCAAGACAGCAGGAAUACUGUUCCCCGAGGUUCCAUCUCCGCAACAGCGAUGACCUUGAGGAAGUAAUCCUGAUCGUGACAGAAUUUGACAUGGAGAGAACAGCUCAGAUGUAUCAGGAUGGCAAGUGUCUCUGGGCUUUCAGCUUCCAGCAGGCUCGGUGGUAUACCAUCUGUCCAAUUCCAAUAAAAGACAAUCCUGGAACAGAUUUUCGAAUGGUUUCUUUCCGGAAUGAUCUCUAUCUUGCUGGAGGAACCAAUAACUCAAAGAGCCUGCUUCAUUUUGACAGUGAUAGAAAUGAAUGGGUGUUGUGUGAGGCCCAGAUGAAGAGAGGAAGAAGUGGACACAUUAUGGCUGCUGUCAGGGAGUCCAUCUUUGUGGUAGCAGGCAGGAACCCCAAAUCAAGGGCUGACAGCAGGACACAUGUACUGAGUUCUGUUGAGUCUUACAACAUCAGAAGUCGUAAAUGGGAAAGCAUUGGAGAAAUUUCAACUGCUGUUCAUUCCGCAGCUUCCUUUGUAAUUGGGGAGAAAAUUUACAUUUUUGGAGGUUUUCAGCAGGAUGGAACAUGGUCAAGUGAUAUUCAAGUUUUUGACACCAGAAGAAGAGAAUCUUCAACAGUGGGCCAAAUUCCAAGUGACAUUUCUCCUCCAUUUAAGUUACUAAAAAUAGGCAGUGAAAACAUCCUCCUAUCAUCUGAUUGUAAAAUUCAUAAUGUAGAAAUCAAAAGCAAAAAAGAUGAAGAAGUAAGGGUUAAGAUAAAAUUUCUAGAUCAUACUCUGUCCAAAGCCUUGCGUCCUGUAAUAGAUAUAGCAAACUUUAGAGGAAACAUGGUGGUGUUAACUGGCAGUGAACAGAAACCAGAUGCUUACUCCAAAAUGACACUUGUAGAUUUAAGUAGCAAGAAAGAAACACCAGUCAGUCUGAGCUCUAAAAAUAUGACAAUUCCCAAACUAAUUCUAUCCUGUCACAAGGGAAUUAUAGAUAAACAGUACAUGUACCAUACUUAUUAUCAGUGUAAAAACAACAUGGCAAAGUCCGAGCCUCCUAAUAAGAGCAGCAAGUCAAACAUGGGGCAGAGCUUCCUUAACAGUAUGUCUGACAGUGCUCGUCAGCGGUACCUAGAGAGCAUGAUGAGUGGUAUCAUGGAGAUGGGGAUGGGAGGAGAAAACUCAGACGUGGAGAUCAUUGUGGAGGGGCAGAGCUUCCCCUGCCACAAACUUCUACUUGCAGCAGGUUCACCAUAUUUCAAGUCUAUGUUUAGCUCUGGAAUGCUAGAGUCCACCAGUAACAGGCUGGAGUUACCUGAUAUACAAAAGGCUACCUUUGAGGCUUUCAGGACAUAUAUAUACACAGGACAAGAGGAUAUUAGCAGGGACAAUGUCGUGGAACUUCUCCGAGCAGCUGCAUUAUUCCAAGUGCAGGCUCUGCAAGAAUCAUGUGAGGAAUUUCUUGGCAAAGAAAUGGACACUGAAAAUUGUCUUGAAAUUUUCAAACUGGCUCGGCAGUUUGGCUGCAGUAUACUUUUAGAGAAAUGCCGACCAUAUGUGAUGGAAGGCUUCAACGGACUGUGGAAGACUAAAGAAUUUGAUGAGCUGGAUAUUGAUGAUGUUUUGAGCAUUGUCAAAGAUGACGAUUUGGUUCCUGUGGAUGAAGAACAAAUUUGUGAGGCGGUCUUGCGCUGGGUUAAAGCAGACAAAAGGAACAGAGAAGAUAACAUUGACAAACUUUUUCGGCAUGUGAGAUUGAUAAACAUCAGUCCAGAGUAUUUACUGAGUGAAUUGUACAGGGAAGACUUGUUGAUAGAGGAUGAAAACUGUAGUAAAUUCCUGAAUGAAGCUAGAGAUUACCACAUGCUACCAGCUCGACAGCAAGAGUACUGCUCAACCAGAUUUCACUUGCGCAACAGUGAUGAAUUUGAGGAAGUAACUAUGGUGAUUACAGAAUAUGAUAUGGAGAGAUCUGGAUCAUUCUAUCAGGAUGGCAAGUGUCUGUGGGCCUUCAGUUUUCACCAGAAUCGUUGGUACACCUUAGCCCCAAUACCACUGGACAAAAACCCAGGUUUAAACUUCCAGAUGGUCACCUACAGAAGUGACAUUUAUUUGGCAGGGGGGACAAACAAUUCCAAAAACUUGCUUCAUUAUGAUUCAGAGAGAAAUGAAUGGAACUUAUGUGAAGCUUUGAUGAAGAGAGGACGUACCUGUCAUGUCAUGGCAGCUGUGAGAGAAUCAAUCUAUAUCAUUGGUGGUAAAAAUCCCAAAGCAAAGGAAGGAAAGAAUGUUUUAAGUUCCAUAGAAGAAUAUAGUAUCAGAGGAAAAAAAUGGAGAGCUUUGGGAGAACUGAUGAGCCCUGUUCAUUCUGCAGCUUCCACAGUUGUGGGAGAAAGAAUUUUCAUUUUUGGAGGAAUUGACCAGAGUGGACAAUUUGUCAGAGACAUUCAGGUGUUUGAAAUCCGGACAAGAGAAUGCAAGGUCAUAGGUCAACUGGAUUUAGAACAGCCUGUGACUGUAUCAUCCUUUGGACAUCUGAACUUCAUAAUAAAUGCCAAAGGUGACAUUAUCAAGUUUGAUAUUGAAAGAAGAGAAGAUGACUAUAAAUGUAGGUUUGUGCCUUUGACCAAAUUGUCGCCUUCAUAUUUGCCCAUUUUAGGGUUCACACACUAUAGAGGCAGAAUAUUGCUUCUCUCUGCUGACCAGAAAAAGAAGGAUGCGUUUUCUCAGAUGAUACAAAUUGACAUGCGGAAGUCACCAAUGAGGGCCGAGAUUGUGACCCCUCGAAAUAACACCAAACCAAAGCCAAUCCAUGCAUGUGCAAGAAACAUUAUCAACAAACAGUUCUUAUACCAUACUUAUUUUCAAUAAUAAUUACUGUCAUAUACUUUUAUCCUAUGUAUAUGUAUCAUGCAUCUCUUGAAUGUAAAAUGUUAAAACUUGUAAAGUUUACAGAACACAAAUUUAAACCAGUGUAGUGAAAUUUUGUUUCAAGACAGUCAUAAAUCAUAAUCUUAUGAUAAUUGAUCCUGUAAAGCAGUCUGUUUUUUGAACAAAAUAUAUGCAUAUAUAUAUAUUUUCAUCUAAACUCAGUACAAGACAGUUUGGCAUAGUAUUGUUUACAUUACAGAGAGCAUAGUUUUUCAUGAAUAUUGUAUUUUUAGCUCACCUGAGCUGAAAGCUCAAAUGAGCUUUUCUGAUCACAUUUUGUCCAUUGUCUGUCUGUGUGUCCGUCUGUAAACUUUUCAAAUUUUCAACUUUUAAUCCAGAACCACUGGGCCAAUUUUAACCAAACUUGCCACAAAGCAUCCUUGGGUGAAGGGAAGUUCAAUUGUAAAAAAAUCUUUUUUCUCAAGAAGUACUUGGUCAAAAAAGUUGAAACUUAAAAGAUACCUUCUUUACAUAGUGAAGAUAAAAGUUUGUUCUAAUCAUGACCCCGGGGUUGGGUGGGGACACAAUGAGGGAUCAAAGUUUUACAUAGGAGUAUAAAGGAAAAAAUCUUUAAAAAUCUUCUUCUCAAGAACAGCAAAGCCAUUAUUAUCCAUAUUGAUAUGGAAGCAUUCUCAGGUAGUGUAGAUUCAAGUUUUUUUUUCAAAUCAUGACCCCCAGGGGUUGGAUGGGCAACAAUGGGGGAUCAAAGUUUUACAUAGGAAUAUAUAGAAAAAAAAUCUUUAAACAGCUUCUCAAGAACAGCACAGCUGUGUUUAGUCAUAUUAAUAUGGAGGCAUCCUCAGGUGAUAUAGAUUCAGGUUUGUUCAAAUCAUGACCCUAGGGGGUAGGGUGUGGCCACAAUUGGGGAUCAAGAACAGCAAAUCCAUUAUUAUUCAUAUUGAUAUGGAAGCAUCCUCAGGUAGUGUAGAAUUAAUUCCUGGUGGUAGGGCAAGGCCUCAAUAGCAGAUCAAAUAUGUUGGGACCACUUUUAUAUUUAAACUUUUCAAUACUGAACCGAUUUCUUCUUUUUCCAAAGUGCUCAGGUGAGCGAUGUGGCCCAUGGGUCUCUCGUUUAUAUAUUAAUUUGAUGUUGCAUUCAGUCCUUGGACAUAAACUUUUUGUUUAUUUAGUACUCUAUGUAAUUGCUUGUUUUUUGAAUGAGAGUAAUGAAAAAUGAGAGUAAAACAAAAGUUGGCCCUGCAAAGAAUUGUAAAUCAAUUUGACUUUUUAUCAAAUUUUAGUUUGCAUGCAUCUCUUUAAAACAUUGCAUGAAUGUCACAUUUAAGAAUUUUGCAGAUAUUUAUCAACUAACACUUGUUUUUAUCUUUUAUAAUGAAUUCCCAUAUUUUACACACCAGUACAGGGUAGAUAUAGCCAGUACAGAGUUGUCAAGGUUCUUGGGUUUAACCAAGACAGAGUUGUCAAGGUUCUUGGGUUUAACCAAGACAGAGUCGUCAAGGUUCUUGGGUUUAAUUAGUAUGGAGAUGUCAAGGUUCUUAGAUAUAACCAGUAAAGAGUAGUCAAGGUUCUUGGAUAUAACCAGUACAGAGUAUUCAGUGUUCUUAGAUAUAAUCAGUAGACAGUAGUCAAGUUCUUAGAUAUAUUCAGUAAAGAGAAGUCAAGGUUCUAAGAUAUUACUAGUACAGCAUAGUCAAGGUUCUUGGAUAUGACCAGUUCAGUGUAGUCAAGCUACUUAGAUAUAUAGUCUUGGUUCUUAGAUGAAUAUAGUUCAGGGUAUAGAAAUCAUGAUUCUUGGAUAUUACCAAUAUUGGAGUAGCUAAUUAGGCUCUAAAAUAUACAGAUUAGUGAAGGUUCUCCUGGUACAGAUAAAUAUGCAUAGCAGCUCUGUGCUGACUAUAUCAAAGCACUCUGAUUUUUCUGAACUGAUAAUUUCUUAUCUAUCCUGGUUAUGUCAAAGAUCCUAGACUACUCUAUAUUGGUUAUAUCAAAGAACCUUGACUACUCUGUUCUUUAUAUUUUUGAGAGAUAUUUGAGUUUUGAACAAGAAAAUUGUUAGUUACUCAUUUUAUGAAAUUACUGGCAUGGCAUCGAAAGCUCUAAUUUUUCAACGAUAUGUUAUAUGUAAACCUUUCUGUUUGUUAAAAGUUUGCAAAAUAUCACUUUUUACAAAUCUGAAUUAAUAGUAGUAAACAUGUAUCAAUUAAAGCAAGGGUAAAUGUAAUUGAAAAUAUUUUUUUUAUCUACAACUCUGUUAAAGGGAGUUGGAAGGUAUUUGACUCAUUAAAAGUUAAAAGACGAGUUAUUUAAAGGGGGUCCCUUGGGAAAAAUAUUAGCAAUCGGCAGUAAAUUAGAUAUGACCUAGAUUAGUCCUUGUCUUAAGAGUAACUUUAUCACAGAUAUUUUAAAUUUAAGUGUUCCAAGAAAUGUAUGUGUCACAUGCUUCAUAGCAUCAUUAAAAAAGGUGAAAAUUUAA